AUGAAGCUUGGGCAGCAGAUGAAGCUGUCGCCUCGGAUGAUCCAGUCGAUGGAGAUUCUGCAGAUGCCUUUGGCGGAGCUUCACGAGCGGCUUGAGCAGGAGCUUGAGUCGAAUCCGACGAUGGAGAUUGUGGAGGUCGAUGGUGGGGGUGAUGGGGGAGUGGUUGAUCGGGGUGAUCAGUCGGUCAGUGAUGGGGCGCUGGAUAUUGAGCCGGAGAGUGCGGACGACUUUGCUCGAUUGGAGGAGUACACGGACGCGAAUCCGGAGGCGGCGGAGAACAUGUUCUCGGCGUCGAAGGAUCGGGUGCGGGGUGAGGAUUAUUCGGGGCUGCGGAGUGGGGGGGAUCCGGACUCGAAGUUUGAGGCGAUGGCGCAGGCGCCGGCGCGGGGCGCUUCGAUGAGCGAGCAGCUCGGGGAUCAGUGGUCGCUGUGCGAUGUGGAUGAUCGGAUCCGCACGCUUGGGGAGGUGCUGAUCGAGGAGCUUGAUGAUGAUGGGUAUCUGCGGAGCUCGUUUGAGGAGAUCGCGGAUCGCGCGGGCGAGGAGAUUAAGGCGCUUGAUCCGAGCGAGGCGGACUGGGAGAUGGCGCUGCAGUCGAUGCAGCUGUCGCUUGAUCCGAUCGGGAUCGGGGCGCGGGAUGCGCGCGAGUGUUUGUUGAUCCAGAUCGAUGCGCGGCUUGAUCGGGUGGAAUCCUUUGAUGAUCGGGAUGAGGUUGAGCUUGAUGGCGAGGGGCUGCUGAUCGCAAGACGGCUUGUUGGUGAGUUCUUCGAGGACAUGAUGAAGAAUCGGCUCCCCAAGAUCGCGGGCAAGGCGGGGCUGACGCUUGAUGAGAUCAAUAUGGGGCUUGGGGUGCUCAAGCGGCUGUCGUUGUCGCCUGGGCGCGGGAUGUCGGCGGGGGAGCAGACCUCGGUGUAUCCCGAUGCGGUGGUGGAGUACGACGAGGAUGGGGAUCGGUACAUCGCGUACCUGACGGACGGGCGGCUCCCUGAUGUGCGGAUCAAUCGCGCGUACGCGGAGAUGGCGAUGGACAACGAUGUGCAGAAGGGGGAUCGGGACUUUCUGAAGAAGAACUUGUCGAACGCGCAGUGGUUGAUUGAUGCGAUCGGUCAGCGGCGGCACACGCUGCUUCGCGUGAUUAACGCGGUGGUGGACGAGCAGCGGGAGUACUUUGACUUUGGUCCUGAGGCGCUCAAGCCGCUCCCGAUGCAGCCGAUCGCGGAUCGGUUGGGGAUCCAUGUCGCGACGGUGUCGCGCGCGGUGAGCGAGAAGUACAUCAUGACUCCACGCGGGGUGGUGGCGCUGCGGUCGUUCUUUAGCGGUGGCUUGAGCACGGAGAGCGGCGAGGAUGUGAGCGCCAAUGCGGUGCGCGCGGCGAUCGAGGAGUUGAUUGAGAACGAGAACAAGGCGAAGCCGAUGAGCGACGAGGCGAUGGUCAAGGCGCUCAAGGAGCGGGGGAUCGAGAUCGCGCGGCGGACGGUCGCGAAAUAUCGCGAUCAGCUGGGGAUCCCGACGGCUGAUCUUGGUGGUUUUGCGCGCGUGAUCUCGCGGGUGGAUGCGGGUGGGUUCUCGUUUACGCACAAGUCGUACACGCAUGAUUUUUCGCAGACGUGGCACGAGCAUCCGGCCGGGAGUAUUGACAUGGUGCUCGCGGGGGGCGGCGAGGGGGUGUACCACGGGCGCGAGGUGCGAUCGCGUCCGGGGUUGGUGGGUUUCUUUCGGGAUGGGAUGCGGCACAAGUUUGUUUCUGGGGCGCGCGGGAUCCGGACGAUGCAUGUGGUGAUCCCGGCUGGGGUGCUUCGGGAGAACAGGGGGCUGCGCGAGGUCGUUGUUCAGGAGCUGGACUGCACGCGGAUCGUCGGGAUGGCGCUGCGGGUGCUGAGGGAGCUGAGUUCGGCGGAUCGGUCGUCGGGAUUGGUGAUGGAGUCGCUGGCGCAUGAGAUGCUUGAUGCGGUGUCGGGUGUCGAGGUGCACGGCGGACGCGCGGGAUGGGGGGCAUCUGGCGCGGGGGUUUAA